GCAAUGAACACAAUGUAAGAAGCAUUAUGCUGAUCUGUCCUCAAAGCCUUUCUUCAACGGGCUAGUCGAGUACAUCGUCUCUGGCCCCGUUGUUGCCAUGGUUUGGGAGGGCAAGAACGUGGUCACCACCGGCCGCAAAAUCAUCGGUGCUACAAACCCUGCUGACUCUGCUCCUGGCACCAUCCGUGGUGAUUUUGCAAUCGACAUUGGCAGAAAUGUGAUUCAUGGAAGCGAUGCCGUUGAGAGUGCGAGGAAGGAGAUUGGUCUGUGGUUCCCUGAGGGUGCUGCCAAUUGGUCAAGCAGCCUUCACCCAUGGAUCUAUGAAUGAGUGUGAUAUGCUACCACCACAACCCCUUUAUUAGUUGCUUUGAGGGUGUAAUCUAUUUUCGACUGGUUUUGUUUAUGGACUGCGUCAGGCGUUUUCUGCGUGUUAAAUCGGAUGGUCUCUGUUUUGUUUUCAUGUUCGUGUCUGCUGUUGGUUUUGGUUUGAUUUUUCGCACCAUCCACCUGUGCCAAGCGCGCAAAAAGUUUUAAUCAAUCUUUGUCAUUUUCUUUGUUAA